AUGGGUCUCACAAAUGAGAUAUCCAUUGAGCCAGUUUUUAAUAGCCCAUUUGACACUAUUCCUACCUCUGCGUAUCUGACCCACCAUAGAGAAGCUGAUGAGGCCUUUGUAAGGAUGGGCCUUAAAAGAGAUGCUAAUCAAGGAUGGCAGAAGAAUAAAAAUGAGCUUAAAAGGGCAAGGCCUCAAAGUGUGAGGCAAGUGUCAAGAAAAAUUCAUGAGGGGAAACACAGAUUGCAUAGGAACCUCUCUAGUCCAAAAAAACCAAAGAGUGCAGUGGAAUCACGGAGGCUCUCUAUUGAUGAUUUCUCUGAGGAUGGCCUAAUUGACAUUCAAGUUGGGGUGGCUGUUGAAAUUGGAGAGGGAAGGUCUCUGCAACGGGAGAAUGAAAAUAAUGAAUCAAGGAUUGCCGGUGGCAACUGGCCAGAAACAGCCGCAAGAACGACAUGA